AUGAAAUAUUUGAUUCCUGAAGAUAUAACUGUACUUUUCUUCUCGACAGAAGAACAAUUGUGGUAUUGGUUAAAUAUAUAUUCUUCAGUAAGAGUUGCGUCUCUGGUGAUUCAAACAAACAUUAAUAUUGAAAAUAUUGUGCGUCAUAGCAGUGCAUAUGCUUAUAUUCGUUCAAUUCUUAUCCGUUGUCCAACUAAUGAAUUAAUUACUUUGAAACAAGUUUCAAGAUCAUAUGUCAAAAUUGAUGGUAUCUUUGCUGAUGAUACACGUCUUCUAAUUAAAUUAGUCGUUGAUCUCGCUCUUCUCUUCGAAGAAAUAGGUGAUCGACAAAGAGAAGAUGAAAAUAAUGAAUUAGCAGCUCAACGUAACUAUGAUCGUGCUGCUAACCUGUGUCAUUUGUAUAUAUUUUUUUCAUUGUAUUAUAAUAUGACUGCCAUUAGCAGAGAAAAUUAUAUAAACAAACUUCUGGUAGUAUGGACGAUGCCUAUUCCAGAUGACGUUAAAGCUUUGUUUACCAUGGUAUUUGUUAAUAUAUCUGAAUUGAUCAAAUAUGUAUCAGAAAAUAUUACGAAAACAGAUACAUUUCAUUUGAUCAUUCCUUUGGAUUGUCUCGAAUACUUAAUGGAUGAUCCUAUCUAUAAAUUCCCACAAGUUCUACAGAUAGAUGUUAUUUACGAUGGUUUCAAUGAAUUAAAACGAAUCCGACGUCGUUUUCAAUCGAAAUGUGAAAAGGUAGAAUUUUAUACUAUAUAUGAUUUAUUACGACAAUUUGAAAAAGUUGAACUUGAUAAAACGCUUGUUUCAUCGAAUUCAAUUGAUCGAAGCACAAUCAAUGCUAUUCUUUCAAUAAUACAACAUCGUCUUCAUCUUAAAAAACUGGGUAUGUUCAAUCAUCUUUCUCCAUUUUUAAAACAAUGUACACCCACACCAUUAUAUGGUUUACCUGCAAAGAAUAUCAAAGACUUUGCUCCAUGUUUUAUUUGUCCAUCGUGUAAGUUAAUUUAUGAACAACUUUAUAGACUUGAAUGUGAACAUCAGCAAUGUAAAGUACAUUUCAAACAAAAACAUGAUCAAUUAAUCACUUGUGCCAUUUUUAAUCAAGAUGUAAAUAUUUCUUAUCAACAAGAUUUAACUGGAAUGAAUCAAGAAAUUUUACUUCAUAAUCAUUCCCCAUUGGAUUCAAAUGUAUCGAUGACAUCGUUGAAUGGCACAUGUAUAUGGGGCAUUUCCGAUAUCUCAGAUAUGAAAAAUAAUUCUGCGUCUGAUGAACAAAAAUCUAUAUAUUCUUCUUCGUUUUAUAUAUUUCCAAAUGGUUAUAAAAUUUGUUUGAGAUUAUUUUUAAAUGGAGAUGCUAAAGCAAGAGGUACACAUAUGUCAUUGUACUUUGUAUUAAUGCGAGGUAAUUAUGAUUAUAUUCUUCAUUGGCCAUUCCAAUUCAAAAUAAUAUUUACAUUACUUAAUCAUUUAUCAUCGAAUAAUAAUCAUACAAAUUUUCUUUGGCCUGAUACAAAAUCAAAUAGUUUUCAAUGCCCAAGAAGCGAUAUGAAUAUCGCUUAUGGUAUUUCAAAAUUUUUCCCUCUUGAUCUAUUCAAACAAAAUGAAAGUCAUUAUGUUAAAAAUAAUAAAAUGUUCAUUAAGAUUGAAGUUGAUUUUGUGGCUGAAAGACCAAUUUUACCAUUGAUAACUGAUGCAGGUGAAUUACUGAAUGAGGAAGAACUUGUUGAUACAACUUAUGAUAAUCUUGGACAAUUACUUUGUCUUUCAGAUGCAUUAUAA